AUGUCAUUCCAGGCGAGGAUGAAUGCAGUCCGAAAGGAGACAUUUGCCCUUAAAGAAAGAGUAAAGGAAUUAUCAAAGCCAAAUGCGGAAUAUCAGACAUUAAAAGCCCAAGUUGAAGAUUUAGAGAAACAGAAAGCAGAUAGUAAAAAGAGACAUCAAGAAUCACUUGCUCUCGUGCAAGAUGAAAUCGCUUCGCUUAAACAAAAACUUGUAACACUUAAAACACAAAAUGAAGAAGACCAAAAUAACCAAUUCAAAGACUUAACAGACAAAAUCGAAACUACCAAACAGAAAAUUGAAGUUAAAGAGAGCAAAAUAUCGAUGCUCACGCAAAACAACAAAAAAUUCGAAGUCAGAAUUAUUAAAAAGAAGAGAGAUUUAGAUAUGCUUAGAGCAAGAUGCAAGAGACUUCAACCACUUGUAGAUUUUCUUAAAACAUCACGCGCUUACCCAAUGUAUCAUGAAGAUCUAACAAUGCAAAGCCGCAAGCUCAGAAUGAAGUUAGAGACUCUCCAAAACUCCAAGGCUGAAUUCCUAAAGAGACAGGAAAGUCUUGAGGCAUUCAAUCGCUCUAUAGCUAUGAAAAUUCAAAUCAAAAAUCAAGAACUAAGUAUGGCCAAUUCUCGUUACGAAACUACAAAGACACGUAUAGCCUCUGCUGAUAAAGAGAUCGCCCAGACCCAGGAUUCGAUUGCAGCGGCCAGAGGAAGACUUGAUGCAGUUAUUCAAGAAAACAAAGCAUAUAUCGAGCAGCAGGAGGUCGAACUCAAGAAAUAUACAGUUAUUAACGACGAAUACAACAAGCAGCUUGAAGAAUUAACAGACCAAUACAAUAAUCUUUUGUCAGACCUCGACAACCAGAAAAAGAAGCUCGAAGAAGACAAAUCCAAAUGGAAACAACAAGCUACAGAUCUCAGAAAGAUCGUUACCCAGUUGAAAGACACCGGAAUUGAUCCAUCGAUUCCUAGAAUCGACGUAGAACUUCAAAAGAAGAUUGAAGGAAUCAUUUUCGAUAAAGAAAGAAUUUCCAAACACAUGGCCCAGCUCAAAUCAGAAAUUCAAGGAAAAAAGAACGAAAUCGACACUGUUGAGUUCCAAAUCCAGAACCAGACCCUCAAACAGCAGCCAAGUACUCAGAUUACAUCAUCUCCAGAGUUCCAGCAGAAACAGCUCCUUCUUGAAGAGCUAAUUAUCCAAAAUGUCGACCUCAACAGGCAAAUUGUCGAAUACCAGAAGAAGAUUCAAGAACUCAAAGCAGAUUCCGAUCAGAUUAGAAAGAGCCUCCAAAAGGCCAAAUAA